GGGCCGCUUUCGGGCGUAGGAGCCGGUGAGGAGCCGGAUCCUCAGACGAGGCGGCGGACGGGCCGGUGGUUCCCCGGGGCCGCGAGGCCGGAAGACGAGGAGGGCGGGGCCGGCCGUGGGGCCACGGCGACGCCACACCGAGCGAGUGAGCGAGCGAGCGAGCGCCCGGGCCUGCGGGGAGCGAUGCUGUGGUUCCAAGGCGCCAUCCCGGCGGCCAUCGCGUCUGCCAAGAGGAGCGGCGCCGUCUUCGUGGUGUUCGUGGCAGGUGACGAUGAGCAGUCCACACAGAUGGCUGCCAGCUGGGAAGAUGAGAAAGUGACAGCAGCAUCUGCAAACAAUUUCGUUGCUAUUAAAAUCGACACCAAAAGUGAAGCCUGUCUACAAUUUUCACAGAUUUAUCCUGUAGUCUGUGUUCCAUCCAGUUUCUUUAUAGGAGACAGCGGAAUCCCUUUGGAAGUAAUAGCAGGGAGUGUUUCUGCAGAUGAACUUGUUACAAGAAUUCACAAAGUCCAGCAAAUGCACUCAUCAAAAGGUGAAACAUCGGUGACAAAUGACAACCAGUCAGAAAGUUCAGUAUCUACGCCAUCUGCCUCAUUUGAACCUAAUGACGUAUGUGAAACUUCUGACUCCAGACAGACAGAGCUUUGUAAGACACCAGCUGCUUCCGACACGAAGUCAGACACUGCAGCAGGAGAAUGCUCAGGUUGUGACAACCCCUCCCAGGAACCUCAUGGAUGUUCAAACCAGAGACCAGCAGAGGAUCUCACCGUUAGAGUGGAAAGACUCACAAAAAAACUUGAAGAAAGGAGAGAAGAAAAAAGGAAGGAAGAAGAACAGAGAGAGAUUAAGAAGGAAAUUGAAAGGAGAAAAACUGGAAAGGAAAUGUUGGAUUAUAAAAGAAGACAAGAAGAGGAAUUAACAAAAAGAAUGUUAGAGGAAAGAAGCCGAGAAAAGGCAGAGGACAGAGCGGCUCGGGAGCGCAUCAAGCAGCAGAUCGCACUGGAUCGUGCAGAAAGAGCUGCUCGGUUCGCUAAGACAAAGGAAGUCGAGGCUGCCAAAGCUGCUGCCUUGCUGGCCAAACAGGCCGAAGCGGACGUCAAGAGGGAGGCUUCUGCUCGAGACAGAAGCACUGUUGCAAGAAUUCAGUUCCGGUUGCCCGAUGGUUCUUCCUUUACAAAUCAGUUUCCUUCUGAUGCUCCGUUAGAAGAAGCAAGGCAGUUUGCCGCACAGACUGUUGGCAACACCUAUGGUAAUUUUUCGCUAGCAACCAUGUUUCCCAGGAGGGAGUUCACCAAAGAAGACUAUAAGAGGAAGCUGCUGGACCUGGAGCUCGCCCCCAGUGCCUCCGUGGUGCUGCUGCCGGCAGGACGGCCAGCCACAUCCAUUGUCCACUCUUCCAGUAGAGACAUUUGGACAUUACUGGGGACGGUGCUUUAUCCAUUCCUGGCCAUAUGGAGACUAAUUAGCAAUUUUUUAUUUAGUAAUCCUCCUGCACAGACUUCAGCAAGAGCCACACCCACAGAGCCUUCCAACUCUGCGUCAUCCACCAAGUCAGAGAAAAGGGAACCAGUCCGGAAAAGAGUGCUGGAGAAACGUGGGGAGGACUUUAAAAAGGAAGGGAAGAUAUACAGACUGAGGACUCCAGACGAUGGCGAAGACGAGAACAACACUUGGAACGGGAACUCCACGCAGCAGAUGUAGAUGGCGGCACAGUGGGACGGUCUUCACUGCUUCCCCGGGAGUCCACUCCAGCUUCUGCUGGCCAAGUGGGGCUGCUCUUGUUUUCAGACCAUGGGUACACUCUUUAUUUCUGCUUAGAGGUUAUGAGUUCAAGUUGUUUAACCUGAAAAAGUCAAAAUAGGAACUAGCUGGAUGCUAGGUCCUUGUAUAGGGUAAUCAGCUGCUCGCCCAGCCACCUACCAGUUCCUGCUCAAACUUUACAGCCCAAUGUUUCAUUUAGAAUACUUUUUGCUGCAAGACUUUUAAGCCACACAAAGUAAUUGGUGUGUCACUGGGUAGUCUGACCCUAGAGCUCUUCCACUAGCUAUCAGGCGAUAAUGAUGGUUAACAUUUCUCUUUGCACUCAUCAGCUGCAAACAAAAUCUUGUAGUUUUUGAUCUUACUUAAACCUUGAAUAAAAAAUUGUUUUCCAAAAAUGAGAAUAAUUUUAUUUUUGCUGUAAGCAUCUUUCUGUUGUCCAGGGCUGUAUCAAGGUCACUUUUGUCUGACUUUCUCUCUCCCAGCGCUGCCCUGAAGAUGUCAGCAAAAUAACUGGCUACGUUUCCUUUAAAAUAGAGAGUUCAGGGAUUCUGGAUCUUCCAGAUACCAGGUCCCAUGGUCCUAGGUCAUUGAGGCAUUUGUUGUUUUAUGAUCUGUUCUCAUCGAUGCCAAACAGAUGAGGAUGGAUAGUCUGCAGCCUCGUGUGCACACUCACGUUUGUGCUGAAGUUUCCUAUUCAGCAGUCACACUUCAGGACCAAAGGGUAAGACUAGGGAAGAGCAGACACACCCUUCCUUCACUGCGUUAUUCCUGAGUUCAGAAGACAUUCUCUAACUUACUGCUGCUUCCACUAAAAGUUGUGAUGUGUGAAACCUGAUGACUGCAUGUCAGAGAAGACUGCCGUAUCUGUGAGAGGAGGAAGAACUUUGUCCAACCCUGUGGGAUAGUAGGCUUGUGGGACAGUGUGCUGGCAGGAAGCAGGAGCUACUGAGCUUCUGGGGACAACAGAACCCUUCUGAAAACAUGCCCAGAAACUUUAAAUGUCUCAUGCUUUGACACAGUAACUUUUUCUAAGUAGUGAUCAUCAUUGCAAAAGUUUAGCUAUGUAUAGACCUAAUUACUAGUUUAACUUAAAAACUGGAAAGAACUAAAUGCUCUCUGUGGACGUAAUUUCUGUUGAGAAACGGUACAUACUAAUCCAGCACUUGCCAUAUUACUGAAUGCCUGCUGUGUGUUAGUGAAAAAAAAAGGUAGGAGACAUAGCGUAGGCAUAGGAUGAGUCGAGCUUUGUGAGUAAGUUUUGUGUGUAGAGGACAGUGAGCUAACGUGUAUGUAAAGAAAGAAGAAAACAUUGUUAAUGGAUGGCCCUAUGUCUUAGUUCUUUGUACCCUUGAAUUUUUCCAGUCUUCUGCAUUGAUCAUAUUUACAUUAUUUAAAGAGAGUUUUGCCAGGUGUGGGGGCUCACACUUAAAAUCCCAGCACUUAGUGCUCAGAGGCAGUCUGAGUUUAAGGGCCAGCCUGGUCUACAUAGCAAGUUCAGGCCAGCCAAGGCUACAAGAUAAACAACAAAAAUGUGAGUUUUCAAAAAUUUCUAGUAACUGACUCAUUUAAAAUCCAGUCUUCUAAAAUGCAGCCAGCUGGGGCUGGCAUCUCAUGCUUAGUCUGAGCACUUGGGAGGAGGAGGCAGGAGUGUCAAGUUUAUCCUCAGGUACAGGUUCAAGUCCAACCUAGGCUGGAUAAGAUCCUGUCCCCACAAUAGCGAGGCAAUAUAUGAUUUUUUUAAAAAAUUCUUGUAAAGUGGGUAUGAAUCCUGGAAAAACAUUAAGUACCUCAAGUCAGUUUGUCUUGAAGAAGAUGAAAUACAAAUCUUAAAAUGUACAUAAUUCAUGUUUUGGUAGAGAGUUCCUCUUUAGCUUUAUCUCUUUAAAAAGUCCACAUGGUUCAAAAGCUCCAAAAUAUAGAAAAUGGUGUCUCUCUCCUGGCAUUGGACCCCACUACCAUUCCCCAGAGGUAACCUCUAUUAAUAAUUUCUAAUGUAAUUUUCAGAAAAAAAUUUAUGCAUAUAAGCAAAUAUGUAAUCUUUAUUUUUAAAUAAAUGGGAUCAUAUUGUAUGUA